AUGGCAACGCCUCAUGCAGUACGUGAAAAAAUAGUGGACAUGUUUUUGAGUGGACGUUCUUACGGGGAUAUCUCAAGAAUUGUUGGUGUUUCUAAAUUCACAGCCUACUCCAUAUGUCAGAAAUUUACAUCCACUGCAAAUUUUGAUCGAGAAACUGGCGGUCCAACGGAAUGUUCGAAACUCUCUCAUAAUGUAUUACAGCACAUCGAGUACUACAAAAAAUCUCAGCCUAGUAUUUAUUUGAAAGAGAUUCAAAACAAACUGGUGGUCGACCGAGUCUGCGCAGGGGAGAAUGUUCCCAGCAUUACGACUAUACAUCGUGGUAUAAUGCAGCAUUUAGGUAUGACACGAAAAAAAAAUACCAGUGUUGCUGCAGAGUCCACAACAGCGAGAAACCAUGAGUGGAUGCUUGACUUUAUGGAAGCUAUUACAAAUUACAAUGUUAGACAACUGUACUGGCUUGACGAAUCACAUUUUGUAGAGCCAGCACUAAGAGAUUUACUACGUAGACAGGGAGUUGAACUAAUUUUUCAGCCUCCAUACAGUUCACAGUUUAAUGUUUGUGAACUCUGCUUCCGCUAUGUAAAAAUUUGCCUGAGAGGAAAUGUGGAGUAUUCUUAUCGAUUUACUGAACUUGCUGUUGCCGAGGCAAUUAGGAAAAUUGGUCCUGGUGCAUGUCGUCAAUUUGCUGCAGAGUGUGGUUAUAUAUAA